CAUAUAUCUCCAAUGGAUUACAUGCAUCCCAUUUGAAUCCUCUCAUAGUCAAAAUGGGGAAGACGCGUUUUCUAAUUAUUUUAACCGUUGUGGUUUUAGUUCUAGUUGCUGUAAAUGCACAUUCAGAUGAGGUGUUAUGUACUGAACCUGGUAGGAACCUUUGUGAAAAUGGCAACAAUCCCUGUAUCGAUUGCUGCGUUAAGAAGCUGAAUGUUAGCGACGUUGGAUGCUGGGCUGGAGAAUGUUACUGUUUAAUAUUUGAUUGAGGAAAAUAAACAUUUGAUAUUUGCA